UAAGAUAUAUAGUUUUUUUUUUAGAUAUAUGUAAAUAUGAAUGGUGAAACAACUAACCACAAUGAGAAUGACACGGCGACAAACUCUGAUAAAGUUGCAGUAUUAGACGCAGGUGCCCAAUAUGGCAAGGUGAUAGACCGUAAAGUACGAGAACUGUGUGUAAACUCUGAAAUCUUACCGCUAGAUACACCAGCAUUUCUUCUUAAGGAAAAAGGCUUCAAAGCCAUUAUAAUAUCUGGAGGACCGAAUAGUGUCUAUGCAGAUGAUGCACCUCGAUAUGAUUCUGAGUUAUUUGAGUGUGGGCUACCUGUGUUGGGUAUAUGUUAUGGAAUGCAG